UGUAUACUUUGGUAUCUGAGCAGAAGCUGCUGCACUAAGCGGUUUUCUGUCGGUGUUUACGUACAGAAAUCAGUGAUUUGCCCAUUUUCCCCCGUGAUACAACACCGGAGAAUGUACUACACGUGUCAGUGCUGAAAGAACAUUCAGUUUAACGCAAGUAUCUCACAUUUAAUGGACUGAUAUUUUAGAAACAUGACCUCUAGUUCCCUGGGCAGAAGACUCGUUGCUUGUCUUCUCAAUGUUUCCGAGGCUCGAAGGAAAGACCUGGUAGAGACUGUGGCCAGGGCAGCGUUAUACAACACUGAAGGUGUAAGACGAGAAGGGACCACAGUGCUGAACAUCUUUAAUGACCAUGACUACAACCGUUCUGUAAUCACCAUUGUGGCCAGUAUUGACUCUAUCGGGGAGGCGGUUCUGUCUGCAUGUGAGAAAGCCUGUGGGCUGAUCGACAUGCGCGUUCACACAGGGGUCCACCCAUGUAUGGGUGCGGUCGACCUUGUACCCAUCUACCCUCUGGGGGAGGAGGUGGGAGUGGAGGACUGUGCUAAAGAGGCUCGGGCUGUGGCUCAGGGACUUACAGAGCGGGUCCAGGGCACCAGUGCCUUCCUGUUUGGCUGGGCGGACUCCCCCCUUCAGCGGGGGCUGGCACAGAGGAGGAAGGAGAUGGGCUGGUUCAAGAAGACGCCAGACUGGCAGGCUAUCAGGCCCGACGUGGGGCCGCAGCCUCAGGAACGAUUCGGCAUCACAGGUGUUGGGGCCAGCCCAUACGUCAUGAACUGCAAUGUCACAAUCGACACCCAGGACAUCGCCAUGGGCCGCGGCAUCGCCACAGCCAUCAGGGAGUCGACCCCGGGGGGCCUGCCUGGGGUACAGGUGCUGGCUUUGCCACAUGAGGGCGCUGUGGAAAUCGCCUGUAAUGUAGAAAGUGUGAAGGGGAGCCCACCUAGUCAUGUGACUGCAGGUCAACUAUGGCCGUCUUUCAGCAUCGGUGGCCAGUUGUACUGUCAUGCUCCGGCUUCUCUCAUCACGACGUGGGUCGCAGAGCUGGCAGCGCGGCAGGGGGUUGGCGCGAAGGGUGCUGCGCUGGUGGGGUUCACCCCACUUGAGUGCAGGGGCCUGGCAGAGUUGGCACUGUCUCAAGGGAUUGCUGAGUUCUGGAAAGAGCAGAACAAGAUCCGUAUGUGAAAACAAAUCCUGACCAAAACCUUUGAAACCUCACGCAAAAGUACAUGAUCUUCGAAAGUAACACUUCUCAUAGUGCAGUAAAAUGUUCCCUGCCAGUGUUUUACUAUUACAUCUGAUGUUUCUGGAUUAAUAUGCUGCAUUAAUGUGUAUGUUGCAUUUUACUGCUGUAGAUGUUUAAAGUUGUGCUCAUUUUAACCAGUCUACUUUACGUACUGUUUUGUAGUUUAAUCUAUGGCAGUGAAUCAUAUUCUAUAAGAUCCUAUGUUUGUAGCGUCACUGUGCUGUGAGAGCCACUUAUCUCUAAAAAGUCAUAUUUUCGUCAGCUUUGUGACGAAAGGGGGGCUUUAAAUAGUUAAUUUAGCUUAAGAAGGAGGAUGAUUUUCUCAGCCCACUAAGGAACACUUCAUCCCUCAGUUUAUCACAAACAUUCAAAUUCACUGGACAGGAAGGGUAUGCAAAAUUGUUUUACAUACAUAUAGAUAUAGAUAUAUGGCUGUAAGACAAAUGUAGUGGAGUAGAAGUAUAAAGCUGCAUAAAAUGGAAAGUAAGUAAGUAAGUACUUUGAAUUUUUAAUUUGUAUUUGUAUUCCACCACAGUUGCACCAAUUCUGUGUGGAGGAAUGGGCCAAAAUUAGAAGUAAAAAAAAAAAAAAGUAUUGUGAGAAGCUUGUAGAAGGCUCCCCUAGGCGUCUGAAGUGAAAAUGCAGAGUCACCAAAAUACUAACAGUGUGUAUUUAAACUUGUUUCAAUAUGUUCUAGUAAAUAAAAGCUGAAAUAAAUUUCUUUAUUAUGAAAUGUAAUAAAGUAGCUCCCCAACUGACUUAACACAAUAAAAGUAUGGUAACAUGAAAUGUGAGUUGUGAGGAAUUGAGUUUGAAUGUAUUUAGCCUAGGUGUAUUUGAUAUAUGGCCACACAUGUAUAUUGUUCUGUACAUGUUUCCUGACACUGAUCUUUAAUAUCACCAGCAUUGAAAUAACUGCAUUUAAAGAAACUUUUAAUAGAAAUAUUACAUUAAAUAAAUAAUUUAUCAAUGAAA